AUGUCCUGCGGUCUUAAAUUAAAGCCUAAAAUUCCAAACGAGAUUUCUCGCGCAAGAAAUCCCCCCUCAUUGGAAACACCUUCGUUGGAGUCAGUCAUGCGCCAGGCCAGCAAACGUCAACAGCUUAUCAAGGACAUUUUUUUGAUCCUAGUUUUCCUGGACCUUGAAGAUACGGAUAACCAUCUUGAUCAAGUACUGAACAUCCAACACCAACCUUCUUUUGGGUCUAUCUUAUUCCCAAACUACCCAAAUCUUCAGGUUGCUUGCGAUAGAUUCUUAGGCGAUGAGGCGUGGCUGGAGGCUCUACUACAGGCGAUCCUAUCCUGCCGCUAUUUAAACGAUUGUUCAGCACCGACAACUCACGGUAGUUUUGACUUGGAUAGACUCUUCAAUUUGUGUGCCGAGGACUUCAAGCAGUCGGUUAGGACCACAAAGGAGGCCUUUUUGUGGUUACUUGACCAGAUUUCUCUCCACCCGGUUUUCCAUAGUCAGAGUCAUUGGCCUCAGCUUCCGAUCCCUCACCAACUGGCACUGACACUAGAGAGACUUGGUUUGAAUGGCAAUGGUGCCUUGGUUGGGAGAUUUUUGUGUAAUCUUACUGUCGGGCAGGGAACUGUGAUCAAAUGUGGCCCGAUUGACAUCAAAGAGGCAAAAUCUCAGAAGUGA